AUGGCGUCGUCGUUGUCACUGGUGCUGAACUGUCCGGCGGUCGGGAUUCAGAGCUCUUGGGUUGUUCGACUGGGCGACAUCGAGGAUGGGGAAGACUUGAAGGCCUGCAUUGCGGACUUCCGCACUGCUUUGCACUCCAAGGGACUGGUGACUGUUGAGAAAGAGGGAGAAAUGAGCUCUGGGCAAGAAUUGCUGCUGGAGGGCCUACUCUUUCAACGGCUAGCAGAGUGGAAAGAGAAGCUGCGGCGUUGCCAGCAGGUAGAGGAGGAGAAACAGAACUGGGAGACAACGCUGCAGGCCAUUCGUGUGGAAUACAUCCGAGAGAUCGAAAUGUACAGAUUGAAGUUGCGCUACUUGGAGCGUGGGAAGGAACCGCCAGACCAACGCGCCAGUUCAAUGGGGCGCUUCAAAGCAGCAUCGGUGCAGACAGAGAUGCAGUCGCCCUUCCAGGAAGUCCUCUCCUUGUGGGAGAAGUCUUUUGAUUUGCAGCAGCGCUUGGAUGCGGUACAUCGGCGAAACAUGGCCUUUGAAGCUGUUGAAGACUGCGUCUUCACACUUCAACGAGCUGUCAUGGAAGAUGAGCGCCGCAACAGUUCUUUGGAAAAGGCCUUUCUGGAAGCUGUGGAAGCCUUCACCUGGAAGACCCUGGCCCUACAUGAGGCAGCGAGCAUGGCCUCCUUUGCGCUGCAGGGCCGUGCCCCUUGGAGAAGCAUGGGUGAAGGGAGAAAAGAGCAUGCAACCUACUAG